CGUAGAGUAAUCACCUACACAGAAACUACACUCGUAUAUACACAAGAUGAGAUUUCCUAGUGUUUCUGUGCUGGCAGCAGCCAUAUUCCUUUCCGGAUUAGUCUCUGCCAACAUUGCCACCUUUGAUAGUGAGGAUCAUCCAAUUGUUUGUGCUGGGAUAUAUUCCAAAGUAGAGUGGGGUGGUAGUGCUACUCCACAUAUUGGACUUCAAUUGAAUGAAUACGAUGGCGUAAAAUAUGACAAGACCAAACCCUCCGACAAGAGUUUGGCCAUCAGCUAUACUAUCUUCGAAUACAAGGACCUUGUAAAUAUUGGUGUCCCCACUGAAGACGGUAAUUAUAAAUAUAUUUGUGACGACUUUGCCAUAAAUAAAUUGAAGGCAUGUGACGUAUCUCAAAAGGGCCGGUUUAUUAUCAAUCCAAAUGGUACCAACUCAACGAUUUACUCGUCUCAAAUAACUCAAUUGGGUCCUGCUCAUAUCAAUUACACCGUAUCAGACACUGGUUACUACUGUGUUAUUACUGACUCUCGUUCGGAUAAGCAUUUCCGUGGAGCAGUGAAAUUUCAAAAUGCCUUUGGGGAACUCAGUGGUAGUGAAGUACCCAAGUUACCUGCGUAUGGAAUCUUGACCAUUUGUUAUGCAAUUGCCCUUGCCUUGUAUGGAUUUGAAUUCUUUAAAAAGAGAAAUAAGAACCAAAUUCUCCCAUUACAGCGUUAUCUCUUGGCUAUGUUAGGGUUCCUUACUUUUGACACAUUGGUAGUAUGGUCCUAUUAUGACUUGGUCAACCGUACUAAGAACACCUCGAAGUUUGUGACGUUUUACAUGUUUAUGCUUUCCAUUUUAAACGCCGCUAAAAUCACCUUUGCGUUCUUUUUAUUACUUUGUAUCUCCUUGGGAUACGGUGUGGUUGUAAUGAAGUUGAAGAAGAGUGUCAUGCUCAAAUGCAAAAUCUUGGCUGGAUGUCAUUUUGCCGCUUCCACUGCUUACUUAGCAUCAAGCUAUUACACCGGUGCAUCUGUUUCCACUUCUUCUGGUACCUUAUCUAACCAAUCGAGUUUUGGUGGGUUCCUUUUCUUGUUGCCAUUGAUUCCAAUUACAGUGACUUUAACAAUCUAUUACCUCGCCAUUCUUGUAUCGAUUAAGAAAACCACUGCAAAAUUACAUGCUCAACGUCAAAUUAUUAAAUUGAAAUUAUAUGAAAGUCUUUUCAAAAUUAUUUUCUUUUCUGUUAUGUGCACCUUUGCUGGACUUUUCUUAUCAUCAUUUAUUUAUCUUGGAAUGAAUUCAAUUGAAGUCGUCGAACAUUAUUGGAAAGGUGCUUACUUCCUCUUUGAUUUCUGGCCAAGUGUUGUAUUCUUUGCUGUGUUCAUGGGUGUUGCAUGGUUAUGGAGACCUACUGAAACAAGUUAUAUGUUGGCCAUUUCUCAACAACUUUCAGGUCAAGAAGUGGAAGAAGGUGAAGAAGGUGCCAAUGGACAAGGAUACCAUCAAGGUACCGAGUUUGAAUUAGAUGACAUGUCCUUGAUGAGUCACAGUGAUACCGAACAACAUUUGCAUACUGGAGAUGAUGAUAGUUUUGAACUUGACCGUGAAACUCAAACUGUUGUGGACCAAGAACCACCUUCUUAUAGUCACGAGGAUGAAAAUGCCGAUAAGGUGAACCCCAAGAAUAAGAAUGUUACCACCGAAGAUAACCAAAAUACUCUCUUUGAAUUUGGCGGUGAUUCUGACGAGGAAGAAGAACAUCCAGAAGAUGACCGUUUAGAUAGAGAUGCCCCAAAGUAAAUUUAUUCUCAUAGUCGCUGAAAGAAGCGGGAAUAUGAAAACUAUCGAAAAUAAAAUAGAAUUACUGGGGAACAGAAAUUGGAAUUAUACCUAUUUAUAUACAUAUAUACACAUAUACUACUACCAAGGAAGAAAGAGAUUAAGUACAUAAGCCAUUGAUAGUUUAUAUCUACAACAAAAAUAUUUUACUUUCUUGUAUUGUGAUUUCUUUAGUUUUCCAUUAUUUAUUCUAUGGU